GACACCAACCAUACGCCAUGGGGUUUUGACAUUUCUGGUACCAAUAACAAAAACAAAAGGUGUUGGGUUGUGUUCAGUUUUGUUUGAUUUGUUUGUAUUUUUAUAUUAUUUUUAUUAUUAUUUCUUCCAAAAAUGGAAGUUAAAGAAGAAACGGUGGAUACAUUUUUUGAAGUAAUCAAAGAAGAGCAAACAUAUGAGGAGCUAAAUAGUGUAUCACUGUUCCUGGAUAUAUUUAAAAGUGAUAUUACAGAUGAAUUCCUAGUCGAGGAUGUUAAUUCCUUCAAUGUAAAUGAUUUAUCUAAGUAUAAAUGUGAUUUUCAACAAAUAACAACAGAAUUGCUCUUUAAAAUUGAACAAGAGGUCAGUGUUCAAGAUUUAAAUGAUCUUUGGGAAGACACUGGACCAGAGUCAGAUAUGACAGAAGGAUUAAUCACAGUCAAUAGUAUAAAGAAGAUAGAUUCAUUACAUUGCAGUCCAGGAAAGAAGCAAAACAAGGAAACAUGAAUUAUCUACAUCUGACAUUAUUGGGAAAUUCUCCAAAGAGUUCAAAUGUGAAAUUUGUGGUCAAAUAUUCUCAUACAAAUCAAGAUUGAAGUCUCAUAUGUAUGUACACGGAAAUGAAAAACCACUAAAGUGUACUAUUUGUUCUGAGCAAUUUGUGUACCCAAGUCGUUUGAAUACUCAUAUGCGUACCCAUACUAGAGAAAAACCAUAUCAAUGUAACUUAUGCCUGAAGCAAUAUGCACAUAAAAGUCACUUGAACAUUCGCCUUCAUAACGGUGAAAAGCCUCACAAAUGUGAACUAUAUUCCAAGGAAUUUGUGCAUAGGAGUCAUUUACAUCGGCAUAUUUUGUCACACAAAGGGGAGAAACCAUUUCAAUGUAAACUUUGUACCAAAAGAUUUUCCCGCAAACCUCAGUGGCGAAUUCAUAUGCAGAUGCACGGUACUGAGAAACCUUAUAGCUGUAAAAUUUGUUGUAGAUUGUUUAAGACAAGCUUAGAGUUGGAUGCUCAUAUUCGAAAAUAUGAUGGAGAGAAGAAGCCCUUUCAAUGUGGUAUCUGUUUUAAAGAAUUCACAAGCAAACAAGCAUUAAAUGGACAUACCUCAAUGCACAAGCCUGAUUAAUCCUGAAUGUGUGAAGUAUAUUGAUCUUUAUAGAGUAAGAGGUUUUGAGAAGACAUCAAGAAGUAUUAUGCAGAAAUUGGCAUUAUAUAACUGUGAUAUUAAUAUGGAUAAAUUAGAAGCUAAAACUUUGGAUGUUAGUUAUCUCUAGUAGACAUACAUAGUCAUCUUCAGUACAAUUUUGUAAUGGCAUCUCUACCACUUCAAAUUGACAUGUAGAUGUCAGUAGUGGUCGAAUUAAUAGUGAAUAAAAUGAUUUAGGAAAA